CCGAGACAGUGUAAACGGAAUCAGGACCUCCCUUCUGGUUCACACCGCUUUCUUCCCCCUCCAUCUCUGCUUCCAGUGGUCCCCGUAAGCUGGACAGCAGGAGAGCGGCCCGGCCCUUCCCAGCUGCCUGCAACAGUGCUAUAAAAAGCCUGGCUCGGAGCCAUCAAACCAGGAGUGAGUAUCAACAUCUGUCAGCAGAGACACGGACCCUUCACCACUCACCAUGGAGCCCCAGGUGCCAGGAUGGAUGCCCAGGGCUGGACUCCUGCUGCUGCCCCUUCUCCUCUGCUUCGGGACAGAGACCAUCGGGAGCAUUAAACCGGCUGUGCUCAGAAAAAUCGUGGAUCAUGUGAACAAUUACGGUGGAGUUAACAGUCAAUACGCCUUCGCUGUCUCGCUGCCCCGUGCCACCUGCAGAAAGCCCAAGAAUAUAGAUAAAUAUCUGAACAGGACCCAGCUAGGAGAAAUGAAAGAUAUAAUUCUCCCGUUUGGGGCCCUGUACAACCCGCCCAGAGGGAACAUCGUGGCUGCUCGGCCAAAGGAUGUGAAUAUAACGACUGGGAAAUACACAGAGCACAGCGAGUGGCGUCUUCUCUCCGGCCCAAACAGCCUUGUGGACCAGCUCAAAGCCAGGACCUACAGCAAUAACGGCUGCCUGAUCUUAUUCACCUUCAACUCGCCCUGCUCCACCAAGUGUCUGCGCGAGGCCGGGCGCUCCAACAUCGUGGGGAUGACCAGUGCUGCCUUCUUGGCCAUCGACAACAAUUACAAGGCCUUCGUGUUCCAGAAGAUCUUUCAUCAUGACUUGGCGUCUAACGUGACCCGCCAGAACCUGCUGGAGGCCUGGCACCAGCUGCACGAUGUGCCCCUGCUGCGCUGCGACAACAACGGCUGCCAGGACUGCGCCGCGACGGACCCCCGAAACAACCCCUGCCUGGCUGGGAAGAAUGAUAACAUCAUAGAAUAUCAGGAUUGGAAGGGACCUCAGGAGGUCAUCAAGUCCAAUCCGCUGCUCAAAGCAGGACCAAUCCCCAACUAAUCAUCCCAAGAGGUAGAUGAUGGAGUGGAGCUGGGAAUCGUGCAUGGCUCUUUGUGCCACUGGCCUCCCUCACUGCCCAUGCGCUUCUGGCUCGCUGAGUGUAACAGAAACACAUCCGAACCAAGCACCAAGCUCCAAUCUAGAACCCCAUUCCAAUGUGUGCCCCAAUCUAGAACCCCAAUCCACGGAUGCACUCCAAUCCAGAACCCCAUUCCUGGGCAGGCACUGAUUUAGAACCCCUUCCAGAGUGUGUUCCCAUCUAGAACCCCAUCUCUGUAUGCUGACAUCUGCAAUCUAGAGCCCCAUCGCUGGGAGUGCUCCAAUGUAAAACCCCAUCACCAUCUCUGGUUGUGCUCCAGCCUACAAGCCCAUCCCUGGGUGUGCUCCAAUCUGUGAUCUAGAAGCCUGUCCCACUCCCCAAGUGUGUACCAAUCUAGAAUUGCCAUCCCCCCAGUGCACCUAAAAGCUGUGUUCUAAACCUUCAUCCCCCGCAGUGCGUCAAGUGCCAAUCGAGAACAUGGCCCCUAUCCCUGGGUUGUCUUUCAGUUGCAGUCCAGAUCCCACAUCCACCCAUUGAGCUCAGAUCUAGAACCCAGCCUCCAACCCUGCAUAAGGCCAGGGGGAGGGGGCAGUGGAUGGGAGCAGGGCACAUUGGGCCCGGUGACUGUAUGAUGGGGCUGGAUCGGGUUGGGGGAGCCCCUUACUCAGAUGCUGGUGGUUGGGAGGAUUCCUGGGCGUGGACCAUAGCCACGGUGGGGCAGUGGGGAUCUCGGAGCGCGGGGCUCUGUCAGUGGGGGCUGCUUUGGGGUUGUUCCAGUCUGUAGGUGACGCUUUUUGCUGAUUCUCUGAUGUGUGAU